CACUAUCUCUCUCUCUCACACACAUACUCCGUCCCUCCCUCCACGUUUUUGGCCUCGCUGUCUUUGUGUUCACAGACCAUCCCGAUAUACAAGCUUGAUAACGGUUUAUCACCGCUCGCUUUCGUCACAACGGCACUGGUGGAUGUUUAGAUGGGUAGGAGAAGGUGUGGAUAGGCAUCCGUUUUUAUUUUUGAUUCAUCAAAAAACCAAACCCGAAACCCUGGAACGGGGAAGGGGGGGUGCCUUUUGAGGGUUUUUGGAAGCAAGACAGCAAUCUAAGCGGCAUUUGAAGGUGUUUAAAUUGGAAAUAAAACGAACCGUAACUGUUGGAAAUUGCAAGCCGAUGCAGCCUCAGCACUAGAAUACGGUUUCGCGUGCUCGGUGACGUGGGGGUAAGAGCGUGAAAUGGAUUGAGUUGCAGCGAGAUAAAUUGGAGCAUCUCAAACACAUUCACACGCGGUCUGGAAAAGAGCCUUAGAAGGGAGCCUCGCUCGUUUUACGAAAUCCACACAAUCUACGAGAAAAAAGUUUGAUCCCUGACUGGGUGCGGCUAUGAUUUCGCCUAAAGACAAGCCCAAGAAGAGGCCUCCUAAAGACAGCAUGACCCUCCUGCCCUGCUUCUAUUUCGUAGAGCUGCCGAUCGUGGCGGCCUCCAUGGCGUCUCUGUAUUUCCUGGAGCUGACGGACGUCCUGCAGCCGGCCCGGACGGGCUUCCACUGCCACGACCGCGCCCUCAGCAUGCCCUACGUGGACGGGUCCGAGGAGCUGAUCCCGCUGCUCAUGCUGCUCAGCCUGGCCUUCGCCGGCCCUGCCGCAGCGAUCAUGCUGGGGGAGGGGUUGCUGUACUGCUUGCAGUCCAGGCUGAAGAUCCGCCCCCGCGCUGAGGGAAGCAUCAACGCUGGGGGCUGCAAGUUCAACUCCUUCCUGCGCAGAACCGUGCGAUUCGUGGGGGUGCAGAUAUUCGGGCUUUUGGCCACGGCGCUGGUGACGGACGUGAUCCAGCUGGCCACGGGGUACCCCACGCCCUUCUUCCUGACCGUGUGCCAGCCCAACUACACCGCCCCGGGCGUGUCCUGCCAGAGGAACUCCUACAUCACGCGGGACAUCUGCUCCGGGCGCGACCAGCACGCCAUCCUGGCUGCCCGGAAAAGUUUUCCGUCCCAGCAUGCAACACUGUCGGCCUUCGCGGCCGUCUAUGUCUCCAUGUACUUUAACUCCUGCAUCACAGACAGCACUAAGCUGUUGAAGGCGGUGCUGGUGUUUGGGUUCUGCAUGGUGGCGGUGCUGACGGGCCUGACCCAGAUCACUCAGCACCACAGCCACCCCGCCGACGUCUACGCCGGGUUCCUCAUCGGCGCCGGCAUCGCCGUCUACCUGGCUCUCUAUUCGGUGGGAAAUUUCAAGUCUUCCGAGGAGGCCCCGCCCGGCCCCGCCCACACGCAGCCGUCCCCCCGUAAGGACGGGCUGCGGGCCCUGGCGCAGAGGGGCCACGACUCCGUCUACCACAAGGGCGGCGCCUCUGAGAGCAGCGAGGAGCUGGGGGCGGGGCCCCUGGGGGCGGGGCCUCUGGGGGCGGGGCCGCGGCGGGCGGAGCCUCGGAGCCGGCAGGCCAGGCGGGAGAAGGUGUCGCUCGGCAGCCUGAAGCGGGCGAGUGCGGACGUGGAGCUGCUGGCACCCCGCAGCCCCAUGGGAAAGGAAACCAUGGUGACCUUCAGCAACACGCUGCCCCGCGCCAACUGCCCCGGCCUGGCCCCGCCCGAGGACCCCGCCCGCCGACCCCUCACCUUCCUGGGCCCGCCCCCCGACUCGCUGCGCUCCCAGCAGCUGAUGUGCGAGUGGAAGCAGCGGUCCCUGGAGCUGUGGGGGGCGGGGCCGGAGGCGGGGCUGGGGGCGGGGCUGCGGGCGGGGGCGGGGCUGGGGCCAGGGCCAGAGAGGGACGACAGCGUGCACGGGUCGGACAGGGGGGAGCGGAACGAGGGCCGCUUCGAGGAGGCAGGGGAGCGGGCUGCCACGCCCUCGCCGCUGUACCCCGCUGUGCAGGCCAGCUGGGGGGGUGUGACCAUGGCAACGGUACCCACGCCCCCCCGGGUCUCCGUCACCCCGCGGCCUGUGGUCCCGCCGCUGGUGCACAUCCCCGAGGAGGCGGCAGGACCCCCGCCGGUGUCCCCAAAAAGCACAACCAUGCGGGCCAAGUGGCUGUCUAUGACCGAGCAGAGUGGGACGCCAGGGGGCGGGGCUACGGUGGGAGGGGUCACUGGGAGUGGGGCUGCGGUGGGAGGGGCUACAGGGGGCGGGGCUCCAGUGGGCGUGGUCGCAGUGGGAGGAGCUCCAGCGGGCGUGGUCGCAGUGGGCGGGGUGCCUGGGAUCACCCCCGGGUCGCUCCGCCCCCCAGGACAGCCGCGCGUGGCGCAGGUGAUCGCCAUGUCCAAACACCAGGGGCGCGUCUCCCUCUCCCCCAGGUCCUCCGAAACGCUCUCCUCCUGCGCCUCCUCCUGCGCCUCCUCCACCUCCAGCUCCGAGGCGGCCUGCUGCCACGCCCCCCCCGAGCGCAGCUCGUCCGGGAUCGUCACCGUCAACGCCCACGCCCCCCACCACCCCGUCGUGCACCUGCCCCCGCCCAGCAACGGCGCCCCCUGGGGGUGGAGGGGCUCCGCCAACGGGAGCAGCGCCGACGUGCACCAACUCCGCUCCGCCAAGAGCCUGUCGCCCGCCUCCUCCGUCUGCGACCCGGCCUACGAGCCCCGCCCGCCCGAGGGCCACGCCCAGGGAGCCACGCCCCACCACCCCGCCAUCGGCCCGCGAGCGGCCAGCUUUGAGUGGGCGGGGUCUGCGGAGAGAGGCGCCACCCUGGAGCGGGCGGGGUCUCUGCCGCAGAGGUCAGCCAAUCAGCUUUGAGAAAUCGCUGUUUGGAAAUGGUGGGACGAUCGCGAUAGAA